GAAGAUGUUAAUUUCUUUGUGUUUCUGUGAGCCCCUCUUAACAGAUUUGAAUGACUUAAACUAUAGUGCAGUUUCAUUCCAACUAAAACUGACAGACUAGGCUCUACAUUUUUAUAACAAAUGGUGCAGAAGGGGAAAAAAAAGGCAAAAACCUUCACAGGUGCUGGAUAAAAAAAAGCAGCUCAAGGCAAAAUGUAAGUUUAACAUGUAAAAACUGCACCGACAGCUCUGAGGAAUUUAACAGAGCGACAAAAAGCUGACUGGUGGGUGAAAAUUUUUCACUCUCGGAUUAGAUGACGUUUCAGUAGCAGUGCUAAACUUUUGUGUACAGUUUUGAUGUUGGAAAGGAAUUAAAGUCACUAAUAGAUACUUUAAAAAUCUCUAUAGAUACCAGUCAAAGCUGGGGGGAGACUGAUUUCCACUGUCAUUAAAAAAUGUUUUCUACUUUCAUAGAUCAUGCACACACCCUAUACUUUGCAGUCACAGCUACCAACUAAUUCAAGCUCAACAACUUCGGUCAACUUGUCAUCACUAGAAAGACUCUCAUCACUUCAAGCUUACAAGCUGCAUAAUACUGGGGCUUCACAUGCAACCACUACAGUAUAAAACAAACACACAUAUGGUAACAGCUGCACCACAGACAUGCUGCUACUCCCAGCUCUAACUAUGGGGCUGACAGGAGAUAAAACUAAACCACAUGAGCUGACUCAGUGCAGACUAGAUGGAGACUUCCAGGAGGUUUUCCUUACCAUGGCCACCAUAUAGACGUUCUCCUGACCCAGAAAUGACUCAAGAAACAACACUGCACUCUGAGGAAAGGGAGCCACAGCAGGGGUGGAUGCAGGGAGACAGAGGAGUGUGUUUGUGGGUGAUGCAUGGAUAUAUGAAGACGUGAAAUGAGGGCAGAGAAAAUGAGAGGAUCAAGCGACAGAUUAACAAGUUGAGAGGCAUGGGCAGAGGAAUGUGUGUGAAGGGUGAGGAAAUAUUGGAGAGAGAUGGAAGGGUAGGGAGUUCAACAUUAGUUAAUAGGUUCAGUUAUUAUUAUAGAGAGAGAACAGUGAAGUUAGACCAAACAGCCAGUACAACAGGAUAAUGGGAGAGAAAGCCACUUCCUAAUGCAGGGAGAGAACAACCUCCUCCUUUCUGUACCUCAACGACUGAUCGGAUCACCCCGCUUCCCAGCACCGACUCUGCGUGUCCCUGCAGCUCCUGCCAGGUCCCGGCGGCCAGAGUCCGGAGGGUGACCGGCGGCGGGCUCCCUUCGGUCGGCUUGGUCACCUCGACUUCAGCUCCAGCCAAACCAAUGACCAACCCCAGUACCAGCAGGAACCGAGUAAUGACAUAUCCACGGAGAGUCAUUGUUGCAGGUUUUAGGUAUAUUAAGACAAAAAUAAUGGAAAAAUGUGCUUAAGCUUAACUCUGCUGUCCGGACUGCUGCUUCGAUGACUAAAGAGGAAAUUAAAGACUUAAAAUGGCUUCUGUUGAGAGAGGUUUCAAAUCAGCAUGCUGCUUUCCACAAAAAGUCGAAAAUAAAAGACCAACUCAAGCUUCUUUAUCAACUAAGUGGAGAGUUUAACCAGACAAAACAAAAACCCAAUGACUCCAAAUGGUCAGAGAAUUGAAUUAGAAACUUUGGCAGCUAGGACCGCUCAGCUCCGUCAAGGACACCCCAGCAUUAACGGUGUCUAUAUUUGGUAAGAAACUGUUUUGGAUCCACACUCGGUAGAGAUCUUUGUGGAGUAGAGACGCAGCAAAAAUAAGUACUACAAAAAUAUGGCGCAGGAUGGUUGCAAAAAAAGUUCUUUCUCUGCGCGUAAAAAAAAACAGAAAACAAAAAAAAAACCGCGGUGGCUCUGAGCCGAGCACGAGUCUCCUAAAGCCUCUUAUUCAGCUUUGAGCUCUACACCAAGUCACUCUGACGUUCCUUUGUCUCUGAGCUUCUAUCAAAUGCUCUGCUGCUGCGAUGGAUUAUGUUUCACAAUGUCAAAAAAAAAGAAAAAAUACCCCUGUCGCUGCUCCCGCAUGACGCUCCCUUCCUCCAAGCGUUCCUGCCGACAGUUUCCAGCAUGCAAACACGUCUACAUCUUCAGGGAGGGGGAGGAGGAGGAGGAAGAGGAGGAGGGCACUCUGCACACGGAUAAAGAGAGAUUUGCACACUGGGACAUGUGGUUUAACGCUCAAGGUCUAAUGUUGGGAUUAUUUAAAAAACUGAUGUACAUUUAAGAUGUAAAAAAGUGACAUAGGCUCUUCAGAAGUCAGUUUAAUAACCAGAGGAACAGGAGAUGACACAGCAACAAAGCAGGUUUACAGAUUUCACCAGUCUGAUGUAACAAGAGAUGGAUCUCAAGUGUAUUUAUAUUAAAAAAAAAAAAAACUAUAAAGACGGAUCAUACAUACAUGGCAACAUAAAACAGUCAUACAGUGUGGUUUUAUUUCCUUGAUUUGUAUCCUGGUUUGGUAAAUUGCACCUUUCACACACAUUCACACACACGCACUCGCAACUUGGAAUGUGAUGCAAACUCGCAAAAUCUCAGGUCUCUACAUUCCUCCUCCACUGGUUUCUCAAAUGCACGGUAAGGUGGUGAAUACUGAAUGAAGAAGCUGGAUUUAGUCACAGUCAAAAUAAGAAAAAAAAAAAAAACUUCAAAGUGUUCUGUACAGAGUGCCACAGAGACCAGCACAUGUCCCGCUGAUAGUGUCCUUCACACAAAGGAGCGAGGGAAGAGCUCCAGUGUCAGUAUGACCACAGCUUCAGCCGAUGUAAAUGCGGUGGAAAUCGUUUGCCCCGAAAGCGGCGUUGCAUUUCGGGCACUUCCUCUGUCGAGUGUCAUAGCGCGUCUUUACGCACUCGAAGCAGAAGACGUGGAAGCACUUAGUCAGUACUGCGUCCUUCACCCGAGAGUUGCAGCAUGGACAUGUCAAACGUGCCUGGAGGGGAAACAAGAGAGAAAGGGAGAGAGUGAGAGUGGUUGAACAAUAAACUUUGCCAUUUUGACCUGAGCUGAAUGGACUGCAAAGAGAGGACUCAAAUAUCCUGAAGCUCAACCGUCCUGUAGAGCACAACACUAAGGCUGAAUAUAACCCAGAUGUAGCCACUACUGAUGCUCAAGAUCAUGGGCAGUAUAGAAACAAGAGGAUACAUAUUCAACAGUAUGGCAUAGGGUUGUAGUUUUAGAGAUGGACACUGACUUCAAUAACACUUGAAUGUGUGAAGUCUUCACACAAAAGAGUGUGAAACAGAUAAAUACAUUAUUGUUCAUUAAAACUGCAAGUUCCAUCAACUUGUUUGUUGCUUUUGCAGCUAGCGAUCAUUUGCAGUCUUUAUGACCUGGUGUUUCUAAACUCUGCUUUUUUACAACGACCAAAUUCAGGUUUUCAUAUCAGAGUGUAAGAGAAGUCAGGUUUAAUUUUUUUCAUCUAGCUUUUAAGGCUAGCUGUAUUAGUUUGGUGGGAAAAAAAAAGCUUGACACUUUGGAAAAAGUGUAGAGAGGCUGAUUUUUAUCUCCUUACCACAAAGGAAGUAAUGAAGAGCGAGUGGAAGACACAGCUAAUUUUAAUCCGAGGCUAACAAAAUCAUUGAAAAGAAUAUUCUUAAAGUGGCAGUUCUUCUUUGGAUAAUGGGUCUCUGUAGGGAGAAAAUGCAAAUGUUUCGCUAAAAUAAUAAAAAUAGAAUGAAUCCUCUGUUACAACUUUGAUCGAUCAAAGUUUUCUCUUGGGACUUUUGUUGAAAACUGACUUUAAAAAGGGAAACCCCCCUGGUGACUCCCCUUCAGUGACUGGUCUGAAUUCUUUGAAUUUCCUGCAGAAGAAAAACAGGAAGCUGGAUGUUUUCAGUAUGAUAAGACCCACAGAAACGAACCUUAUAGUCAUUGAUUUCUUCAUUUAGGAUCUCAUCUCCGUUGCUGAUCUUCUCAGCAGGCUUCUUCGCUUUUUCGAUCUUCCUUCUGAGUUUGGAGAUGUCCUCCUAAAACAGCAAACAACUUUAAGUCAAACCAGUCUGUCUCUCUUAGCUUACUGUCAUUUGUCAACAGACCCUAUGGAUACCCUUUAGCAGUCUGUAUAAUACCUUCCUGCAUCUACCUACUAUAGUGAGUGUGCAACGUGAAACAAAAGAGGGUUAGCUUCACAGUGAGAUCACUUGUGAUGUAGAGGACAAAAAAAAACUGGGAGCAGGUCUACAAAGAGAAAAGAGGAAACUCAUCCACAUUCAUAAUUUUCAGAUCCCUAAAAGACAGUGUUCAAGUCUGAAAUGUUGUUUGCACCUUUCAUGCUGAAGCACAAUCGAAACUAUCACAGAUACGGUCUACCUGUCUGCAGGAGUCUAUGAGUGUGUUCUUAUUACCUGUGCACGUCGAGCAUUAAAAGACUCUUUUUCACGGGAGAUACUGUUCUCUAUGACCUCUUCUCUGACCAGGUUCAGCCUCUGUUGGACCUGCUCCAGCUGAGUCCGCACCUCCUCUGAGAGCAACGCGGAAUCCUGCGACUGGAGUACAGAAAGAGGCAUUAGGGAUACGAGUCCUCUCACACAACGCAAUCAUUUGUCAAUACUUUAUUGGUGAGCUUUUUCGUAAGCGGUGCAAGCCUGUUCAGGUUGGAUUAAGUUCUUUUUUUGUCUCCAUCUACUCCACAGCUGUGGCCAAUCAUUGCGGAACAUCGUGUUACCUUGCGCUUGUUCAUGUCUAAGGCUUGUGUUCGCAGUGCCAACUCCCUCUCUGCAGUACUGAUUGUGCCCUGCAAGAGGCGCUCCUUUUCCUCCAGCUUACGCACCACCUGCAGCUGGGCAUCGACCUAAAUCCACAAAAGUGUAAUUAAGAUAAGAUGACAAAGAAAUACAGAAAAGAAACGAAUUGAAAAGAUACUGAUAACAGUGAACUGAGCUGCACUGGAGGCAGCAACAAAAGUACAAGCGAAGAAAAGCUCAUGCAGCAGGUAACCGUAGGGGAUCUUUAUUUCAUGAGAAUCUUUUUGUUGAAAAACCACGUUUCAAGUUAAAACAGAUAAAUGACAGUUGGCCCUUUGUGUGACAAAACAAGUGCAAACAAGCCUUUAUUCGGUCACGUCCCACCUUACAGAGUCUCACCUGAGUUUUUAGAGUGAGCAGCUGGUCGGCCAGCUCCUCCUUCUCCUCUUUCAGCAGCUUGUGGAUCUGGUUGGACUUGAUACGCUCGCUCAUCAGCUUGAAAUUUGCAUCAUCUUUCUCUCUGAGCUGCUGCAUCAGACGAAUGUUCUGUUCCUGCAUGUCUUCGAAGGCCUGGCCUGUCACGUCCAUCUCGCUCAGUAGUGCAUCCUCCUCCUGCAGAGAGGAGGGGGAGGUUAUGUCAGGAAGGAAAGGAGGAUAUUUUGAGCGUGAUAAAUCAGAGUAUGACAAGCAGGUGUACCUGUUUGGCUAUAGAGAGCUUCUUGUUGAGGAUAUCAAUCUGCUCCUCCACAGAGCGGAUCUUCCUCAGAGCCUCUUCAUCUGCCAUUUUUUUGCCCUCUCUCCUCUCUCGUUCCUCCAGCUCCCGUAGCCUCUGUCGCAGCUCCUCUCCCUAUAUCAGCACAUCAACAUCCAUUAACCUUCCUCCUAACACUUGCUUUGUUUCACUCACUUUGCAAAUAUGCAGCGUUAUGAUCACCUCUGACUUGGACUUCUUCUCUGCUGCCAUGAGCUGGACUUUGUCCCUCUGCUCUUUUGGUGCUGAGCGGUACAUGUCCAGCAGCAGUUUCAUCUCCCUCUGAGACUCCUGAGCUUUCCUGCACAAUCAUAGACAUGAUGAAAAAAAAAAACACUGUUCAGUUAAACAUCAGCAUUAAAAGACAAGAGCCAGAAAUCCUUUUAAAACUCUGUGCAUUAUUUUUAAAAAGUCCUAUAAUAAAAAAUGUUGGAGAAAUCCCACUGCAGUCUUUCAGGCUUUUUGCAUAAAAUUUUCAGAGAUCAGAGAUUUCAGAAAUCGUUUUGCUGGAUCUUGUAAUCUAUGAGUCACUGGUGGUGAUUCGUUGUAUCAGAGGACACGUAAUGUCUUUUAUAAGUCUUCCGGUAGGCAUAUGUUUUGGUACAACAUGAUAGAUAGUAACCAUAGCAACAAGGAAAGCCAAAUUACUCAUACUAGAAAAAAAGCGUCCCUUUGGCCGUAUUUUAAAAACUUAAGGCAUAGCAAGUAUUUUGUUUGCCAAAAGGAAAAAAAAUGUUCCUCUGAUGUCGAAAUUCAAGUCAAGGUGGAAAAGCUACCAGACUUGACAACACCCAAGCUUUGUCAUUAAAUAAUACAACACAAGAAUUCUAAUGGAUAUGUAUAGAAAAUGUAAUGUGCUCUAAGUCUGAUCUAUUUUCAGGUUUUGAUGCAGGUGUGUGACCCAGAUGACUUGACUGCUCGCCAACAGAUGGAUAACAGUAUUCACUUCCACACAUGGACUCACUUGAGCUCCGCCCUGACAAUCUUUAGCUGCUCCAUCUCCUUCCUCUUUGAUCCUCCGACAACGGACAUGCGCUCGCCGGCCACUUCCUCUGGUUGGCUGCUGCUCCCCGGCUUCUCCUUCUCCUCCUUUAUCACACUGCUGCUCCCACUACGGGUUGACCUUUCCCGCUCUUUUUCCUUCUCUUUCUCCCGCUCCCUGUCUUUCUCCUCUUUCUUUAUGACCUCCUUCUCCUUCUUGUCUUCCUUCUCCUUUUUCUCCUCCUUCUCCUCCUCUUUUACCAUUGCUUCAGGCUCUACUCCAGGCUCUGUUUUCACCGAGGCUCCUGCAGAGAUAAAAUAAAACAAACGAACAGAUAUAUACAACACUGUAAACACUGGCUUUUGCUUUUUAGUAUCAAAACCUGAACUAAAAUGUCACAGAGUGAGAGCGGUGUUAGUUACCGGUGCUGCUGGGUGUUGAAGAGCCGUUGUCAGGAUCUGUCUUGAUGGCAGGUUCUCCAGAAACAGCUGGAGUAGAAGGAGAGGUCGUCUCAUCCUUUACAUCCAUCUCUGUGCUCGACUGCGAUUGAAGGAUGGCAUUUCCUUUUGACGCCCGAACCUUAAAGAGACAGCCAACUGUAUGAACACGCUGCUGUGCUCUUCUUGUCAUUACCAUCACAUGAAGUCAUCAAACUGAACAACGAAAAUUUCAUUUCUCAUGCUUAUGAAAGGUGAAUGCAUCUUUCCCACCUGGUUGAGCUCAGCUUGAGUCUCCCUCAGUCUAAUCUUGUAUUUCACCACCUCUCCCUUCAUCUGCUGGUUGUGUGUUUGCAAAGUGCUGAUCAGGUGACGCAUCUCCCUGUUGAUGGGACCUGGGAAAAGAGAAAAUCAAGCUAUGAAGCUAUUUUUUUUUUUGACCAUAGAGCUGAUGUAAAUCUCAUUUCACAACACAAUACAUCCCAGCUGGAACGUGAGUUACCUGCUUGCUCGUUGGCAGCGAGAGUCUGCUCAAAUUCAAUGCGCAACAUCUCGUACUCCUUCCUGACCUGAGCCAGGGUGUCCUCGAGCUGAAACACCUCUGUACGAACCUUCCUCUGCAGGGCCACCUCAUCAUUCUGCAUAUCAACGGAUGAAAGUAAGAAGGGGUCACACAAAUAAAGUAGUCGCGUUUCCAUCGAAAUGUGGUUCAAAUGUUUACAGAAUUUAAAGACCCAGACUAGGGUGACCAUAUGUCCUCUUUUACCCGAACAUGGCCUCUUUUUCGGGGGCUGUCCGGGAAGUUUAUAAAAUCCUUCAAAUUUGUUUUGAUACGUAAGUUUCAAUUUUAAUGAGUUAGAAGCGCAUAAAAGACACCCGAUCCAACCUGAAAACUCUCAAAAUUUACAAAGUGGGACUCUAUGACUCCGCCCCCGUGUAGUCGUGUCCUUUUUUUGGGAAGUCAGAAUAUGGUCACCCUAUCUAAACACACGUUUUGUGCAGUCUUACUGCUCAUAGAUCAGUAUGAAUGUGAGGGAUGGUUUACACAAAUAAGCAGCAGGUGGUGCUAUUGCUCCUUUUAGACUGCAUUGUAGGGAAGAGUUGAUACAGUUGUAACAAGUCAAACUUCAAUCAAUGAAAAAAUAAAAGACACUUAAACUGGGUUUUGUAGUGUCCAAAAUGUCAAAUCCAAACACCAAAAAGAGCUUGAUUGGCGUGCACUUGUCAAGUAGAACCUCUAGAUUUACCUCCAUGUGCUCCAGCUGUCGGAGCCUUGCUGUUCUGGUAGUGUUGAGACGAGCGCGUGUCUCAUCUAACUGAGCCUUUAGGAUCAGAGACUCAUUGUAGAGGACAGAAAACUGGGAUUGAAGACAGCGGUAUUCAGAAGUCUCUUUUACCAAGCCGUCUGCUCGACUCAUCAGCUCGGCCUGAACAAAAAGAAAGGGAGGAAAAAUGAGUAGAGAUAAUAGUGAGAUAAAAAGGGGGACACAUCAAACAACCAGAGGGAUUCUCUUGGUUGGAAUUUAAACUGAGGAAGUAUUUUGAGACACCGUUGUUGCACUACUUCAACCACUUUGAAUUAACGUUUCUUAAAAUGCUACAUGUAUUUGUGUCGGUUAAAUUAUGGCAGUGUGUAGUUCACUGAUGUCAGCUAACAGAAGAAUGGUUUGUGAAGCUUUAAUGCUUCUGUGAAUCACAUGCCAUCAUCUCUGUUUAGUAUCAACAAUAGGCCAUCUUCACCUUCAUGCUGUUGUUCUCCUGAUGCACAUUCUGCAGGUCCUGCUGGAGCUUCUGCAGUUCAAUGAGGCGGUUAUCUGCCAGCUCUCUGCUCUCAUCCAUCUCACUGUUCAUUUCUUCAAACUUAAAAAAGGGAGACAAAAAUAUUUGAGGCAAGGUGUGAAAAGAAACAAACUCAAAAAUUCAUUGGGAUCAAUUCACAUUUGAAACCUCAGUGAAAAUCGUACCUUUCUCUUGUUGAUAGUGAUGGUCCCACAGACGCUGCUGGCCUCCCCACACACUUUAUAGCCUUUGCUGUUCACCUGAAGAAUUACAGACUGUGAUACUUCAACAUCAGCAUGAAGAAGCUUGUCUAACACUGUCACUAGCAAACAAAGAGACAGAAACAGUGAAAAAGGACCACAAACUCACCCUUUCCAGUAUUUCACUCAAGUGCGCAUUCAGUCUGUUCUCCCUGCGGCGGAUCUUCUCCAUGUCCCACUGCAGCUCCUCGAUCAGAACCUGCAACUCACCGAUUCGCUGGUCUGCUUUGUUGGCUGCACGACCCAGACCUCGAGACUGGAUUAGAAGGUAAAAUGGACAACACUCGAUAACUUUAUCGGGACAUAUUCUUGUGCAAGCAAAUUCUCGAUCACCGUUGAUAUUGACUUGACGUAAGGAGACUAAGUCUGCCACGGUACCUCGCUCGUCAUUUGACUGUACUUCUGCUUGAGGUCCUCCGUGAGCUGCUGCAGCCGCUCGUUCUCACUAGUCAGGUGUGCGUUCAGUUUGGAAGCGACCUGCCACAGACUGCCCUCUGAAAGAUUGGCAACAAUAUAAAACUCAUUAUUUACCCAACUUCACUUUAUUCUUGGCUAAACCUCAUUCCUCCUUUGUCAUAACUUUCCACCUAGAUCUGCCCUCCAUUUCAUCUCACCUGCUCCGGAAUCCACUUCAGCCCUCAGUUUAUCCACAGUGCUCUUCAGACACUCAUAGAUCUCCACCACAUGAUUGGCCUGCUUUUGGCUGGACUCCACCCUCUCCUGAAGCUCAGCCUCCAUCUCCUCACUGCUGCUGCUAGCCAAUGUGGCCAAGAAGGAGUUGGUCGUCUCUCCCUGGUGGCCUAGGUGAAAACCAACAACAUGGAAGGUUUUGGUUUGGAUGUGUGUUUUGUUGGUUACAUAAACAAAAGAGUUCAUCAGUGAGAAAUCCUGAUAAUGCCUCAGUUCUGUCUUUACCCCUGUCCUUCGCUCUCUCCUGGUUAGAAUCACCAUCAGGUUCUGGAGUUUCUGGCUUCAGGCUCCGCCCUUCAUUUGGCAAAGGUUUCUCUGGUUCGCUACUUGUUUGAUCAUAACGCCUGAUGGUCAGUUUGAUGUUUUCGUCAAACUGGAGGGGAGAACAGCAGCACAUUUGACCAGGUUAAACUUGAGGAAAAAACUAACCUGUUAAUUAAGGAAAGCCAAUUUUUGCUUCAGUUUCUUUGUUUGAACUUGUUUACCUGGUUCCAGUAUCUGUUGAGGAUCAGCAGACUGGCAUCGUCAGUAGCCUGGCGGGUCUCCAGCCUCUCGAUCCGCUCACGCAAUUCAUCUUCAAUUACCUGCAGACCAACAUGGCGUCAGAUUAACCUUGUCUAAACAGUGUGCCUAAGUGUAGGUCACCAGCGUAUCAAGAGUAGUCAACAAACAAUAUAGCAAAGAUUUACCUGUCUUUGAUCAAGAGCUUCUCCUAACUUUCGGUUCUUUGCCUGGAGAGCUUUGAUGUCUUGUUCCUCCUGCAGAAUAAACAUUUCAAACUUGAGUAAAUUGCACAGAGAAGAAGCAAAACAAACAAGGAAUUAAUUAAAGGGAUGUUCUGACGUAAAAUUAAUUUAGGGUCAAACACACCGUAACACAGAGUCAGACACCCCUUGAGAGAUGAAUGUUGCCGACCGCUUGCUUCUGUAGUUACAGCAACUUUAGCAAAGACUGCUCCAUAGCAAUACACAGCGGUCUGAGGAGCCAUUAAACAAACCUCAACCAAUAAGCCACUCUAUAGCCACACAUAAUGCUCAGAACAGCACCUAACUUCAUCAACAGUACAUAUACGGUCCAAGCCACCAAUCAUCUUUUCAGCUUUGCCUGAUUUCUUAUCCAAAGAGACUAAACACAACUCACCUACUCUCUCCCUAACUGACUGCUGCGGGGUGACGCAGCUCAAGGAAGAACAUUUAUAAUCAUUUCCUUAUGGAAAUGAGAUCAGACCGAGACACUAAAGCAGAAGAACUGCCACGUCUGCAGUGCAAAAUGAAUAAUAUGGUGGUUAUUACUUCAAGGAAAUGAUAAAGAAAUGAUCAUAAAUGUUCUUCCUUGAGCUGCGUCACCCCCCAGCAGUCCGUAAUGGACUGGCCUGAGGUCUCGCUACAAACAAGCUGCUGCUGGAAGAGAGUAGGUGAGUUGUGUUUAGUCUCUUCGCUAAAGAAAUUAGGCAAAGUUAAAAAGAUGUUUGGUGGCUAGUACUAUGGCUGGGACCUCAUAUGUCCUGUUGAUGAAGUAAGGUGCUGUUCUGAGCAUUAUUUGUGGCUAUAGAGUGGCGUUUUGGCUGGGGUUGGGUUAUGGCUCUUCAGACCGCUGUGUAUUGCUAUCCGGCGGUCGUCACCAAAGUUGGUAUAACUAGAGAAGCAAGCGGUUGGAAACAUUCAUCUCCCGAGGGGGAGUCUAACUCGGUGUUGCUGUGUGUUUGACCCUAAAUUAAUGUUACGUCAGAAUAUCCUGAUGUGGGGCAGACUGACGGAAACGUGGCUGCCAUUUUGCACCUACAGCCUCUCCGACCACCACCAAACAACAAUCACAAUCAUACACCAGUGGAGGACACACACUGGGAGCAAGGUGGGUUAAGUGUCUUGCCCAAGGACACAACGGACAGACUUGGGAUGGGGGGAAAUCGAACCGCCAACCUUCCAGUUAUUGGACGACCGCUCUACCUCCUGAGCUACUGCCGCCCCGGCAGUAGCUUUUUGUAUACUUGUAGUCUUAUGAAAAAUUCUUCUAAUCUGAACUUUUACUUGAUAAUUCCUGGAAAAAGUUCCAAACUGGUGCUACUUGUCACCUUGUUUCAAGAUAUACAUCAAGUACAUUUUGCUUGUUACACCUAAAACCCCCUUAACUUAAAAUAAUCAGUUAGGUCUUUAUCAUAAAGAGUCUCUCUGCACAGCUAGCAAUGACUCAAAUGUGCAGGGACCAUCUGACAAAAGAUGCAGCAAAAAUGCUCAAUAACUUCACCCUGGAUAGCUGCAGAGUCAUAAUCACUCCACACAUGACCUUUGUUCAUCAUAUUAGUGAGAAAAAAACACGCUUUUACAUCUUAUUAAUGCACUUAACUCUCAAUGCCAUCUGUUAACGUUUGUUAUCAGUACAUCUUAACCAGUGUGCUUGUUACUUUGACUUGAGUAGAUAAACAGACUGAUAGUUUAACUUCUGCUUCAGAAGCUCUCCUCUUUUCUUUGGCUUUAGGACAGGAUUUUAGUUCUCUUUUAGGUAACAGAAGAGGGGUCUCACUGAGUUGGACACUCCUCCCAGUUUGAUGACCGUCUCCACCGCGGUGCUCCCCCCGGCAGCGGCACUAACACCGGGACCCCCGUCCUCUCCUUCCCUCUCCCUCCGCUUCUCUGGAGGCGCACCGGAGGACGAAGGACCGCAGGAGUCCGCAGGACGCUUCUGUCCCGACAUCCUCAGAGACCUGAAAGAGACGAUGAGGGAAGAGAUCACGGACGAGGACUGUUUAAUUCAGACGAAAGGACAAUUAAGACGUGGUCAAUGUUAAGAAUUAAAGUAUGUUUGCUCUGCAGCCUUUUUGACUACCUAAGUUCAUAGAUAUAAGGAAUAAUAAAGACUUUUUAAACCUCAAUAAACUGAUCAAACCGACCAGUUCCAGCUAGCGUUACAGGAGCGUUAGCCGUUUGAUAACGCGAGCUCCAACCGCCUUUAAUAAUCAUGUAAAAGUGACUACGACUGAACAAAUCAACGCCAUAGCUCUUGAAUACUUAGCCAUUCACAAAAACUUGACCAAAUACUUACUUUUUCCCUAUUAAAUAUGUUUUAUUAUCAACUAAAUCUGUCUAUGGUUGUGUUGCUGCGGCUCUUGCCUCUGUGAAACGGAAACGUUCACGGAUAGAUGAGCUGUCUUCAGCGGACAUUGCGCCCCCCGGCGGCGUGGAGGAAAACACUUCUUCCGCCUGUACGAAUAUGCGACGAGAACGUCAGAAAUUCACAGUUUGGCCCAUAGACUGUAUAUAGAAGUAUAUACAGUAUAUAUACUUCUAUACAGUAUAUAGAAGUAUAAACAGUCUAUGGUUUUGCCCCCGUUGUCUCCACUUCCCCAUUUAACAGGGCACAUUGGACAUCACAGAAAUGUGAUUCGGCCUAUUUAACAUUAAAACCAGGAACCAACCAGUUCUACUUUGCUCAAACUCUUCAAUGUAUUAAUGCUCUUUUUUUUAAGUUUCAUGAACCCUGCUGUUUCUUGCAUGUGCAACCAAAUCACAUAGUAAACUAAAGCAGAGUUGUUAUAACUUGAGUUUGACAGGGCCCUCAGUAGGACAAAGCCAAAGGUUACAUAUCAUUGCAGAAACCAGAUGAUGGUGUUACAGUAUUUUUGGCUAGAAAAUUAUGCUCAAGAGAAUAGGCAGCUAAAUCAGGAUGCACAAUUGUACUGCAUGUGCAUGACUUAUUUCAUCAACACCCUCAAGUAAGCAAAAUGACUUCCCUUUUAUAUGCUUCCCUGCAGUGUUGGAUCAGUAUUCAGUGUUUGGAAAUAAUGUGGUGAUUGAUUUGCAAACCAGAAACCAACGACCCUCUCCAGUUCUCUUUUCUUCUGUAGUUCUUUCCAUGUGGAGAUUUGCAAACAUGUCUGGGCAACAUUGCACUGUCUUGACUUUUACAGUCAGUGUAGGUUCUCAGGAAUGCAUGGACAAAGACUGAUCUCUAAUCAGCUCUAUUAAAGAGCACAUUGCACAGGGUGCAGAGUUCAGGUUGCGUAAAAGCUGGCGUUUGAUUAUUUAUGAGUUACAAAUCAACUCCAGCCUUAAGGUUCAAACCCCCUUACCUGCUGAGGUCACUCAGAGAAAAAUGAGAGCAUUUCAAACAACUCUGGGAAGGCUUUUUGCCCAAUUUGAGCGAUCGAUAUGUGACCUAGCUGUUUAGACAUGACGUGCCUGACUUGCAGCGUGACGCAGAAAAUAGAUAAAGUAGAAUUUGGCUGAACAAAUAAAGCACAUGUUUUCCAAUAAAUUAAACUGGCUGUAAAAUAAAACAAAAUAUUUAAAAUUCCAUGUCCAUACCAAAAAGUAUGCACUAUUUACUCACCAGGAGAUGUAGUGAGAUGUAACUUGAAUAAAGGUGAAGAAGUGGUCUUCAUGCAAGACAAGCCUAUUUAUCUGAUGUUUGGGCAGAAGAAAAUGACUGUCAGCUUUGUAAGGUACACAAAGUUUAUUUAGACUAUUAUUAUCACACAGCAAUGAAUAUACUAGAUAUACAUGAUUUAUACUAGAUAUACAUGAUUUAUACUAGAUAUACCUGAUUGCAUAGAAGUAAUAUUAAUUCUGAAUAUUAUAACACUGACAAGUAACCUAUGUAUUGUUGAGCAGAUAUCUUGUGUCCACUAUGUCGGUAUUUAUACAAAUAUUUUUUUAUUUAUACAAAUAGAUUUUUUUUUAAUCUCUAAUUUGCAAGGGAGGGGCAGGACUAGAUAAGCUCUUUUCUUCAUUCUGUUCCUUCUCAAACUAUUCAUUCUGACUGACACAUAUUGUGUCAAUUUAUCUUUGACAUGUACAGUUGUUUGGUGUACAUAUGUAUUAUUUUGUUUGGUGUUUUUGUUUCUAGUUGUUUUUUUGUUGUUGUUAAAGUUCAAGAUAAAGAAAGAAAGAAAGAAAGAAAGAAAGAAAGAAAUAAAGCAAUCUAUUUUGUAUCUAUUCAUGAAAAAAAUAUUGUCAAUGCUUUGACCAUGAAAAACUAUGACCCUUAAGCUAAAGACUUGGCCUUCAAGAGACAAUUGGUCCUGCUGCAGCAGUGAUAAAUGCAAAACAGGCUACACACUACACAUACUCAUAAACCACAUAUAAAAACAGAUGAAAACACAUACUACAUAACUGCAUUAAAUACAUUAAAUGUCAUUUUACCUUGACUUGUGAAAACAACACAUGCAUGACUGAUGUAGCCAACUUAAGCACAUACAGUCCCCAUUACCUUGCAGAUAUCCUUUGUGUUCUUAUCUGUCAGUUUUGGCUUAUGUUUGUGCUUUUAUUACACCAAUGUGAAGCAAAGAUACAUAUUUGUUUUAAUCACACUGACUGGAAUAAAAGAAAAAAUCAAACUUUAGGUGCAAUUUUGCAAUCCAUCAUUUAAUCCGAGUGUGUGAUGAACCACAGAGGGGGCGGGGCCAGACCAGGCCGUGCAGGGUUAGUGUUUCUCAUUUGUUUCAGAGUCACACAAUGUUCCCUUCUUGUUUUUAACUCAUUCGCCCAUAGUUAUGAAUACGAGCUUAAAGUCCACAAUAGAGCAUUGAAGCCACACUGUGCUAACACCGCCCCUGUCUGCCGUCUAAAGCCAAUUGCGUUACCGGGACGACACACGCCCCGCCACAUCACGAGCACCUCCUCCACAGCCCCGGACACGCCAUAAAUACAGCGUUGUACCAACUUUUCGGCCUUCUUAGUUAAUCCUGUCUUUGGGAACUGUGGAGGCGCAUCUACCACUUCUGUCGUCGUCGCUGUGUGAAAAACUCUCUCAAGUAAGUCACAUGUUUUAAGUGUUGAGUUCUUGCAGAUGUCUUCUGCUGCUUCAGUCCAAACCGUUUCACUGAAAUCUUUGCUUCUGCAACAUUUGCCAAGGGGCUCCACCUGUGUCCAAGUGUGCAAAAAUUGAAGUAAUAAUGCAAUUCAUGAUUUUAACUUAAUAGUCUUGGGUAUUCGCUUAAAAGGUGUGCUGAUGUUACUUUUGUGGGGCUGUACUUUUCUGCAGGAGCUUGCCAGUGGGCAUCUUUGUGUGCGCAAAUAUUUGACAGGGAACACACAUCCGUUUGUGUUAACCUGCUGUUCAUGUUCCCAAGUGUUAUAUGUGCAAUUAAACAAUGUGAUUCUUAGUCUAGAUUUAUAUUAAGGGUUAAAUGUGUGUGCAUCUUUUGCAUAAACUGUGCAACUUUUUUGUGAACUAUGAACUUGCUUGCAGAACUUAUCUCUUCGAGGGCCAAAGUUCUGUCAUUCAAGCCAAAUAUUUACAGAGGUGUUGCAAGAGAAGCAGGAAGUCAGGAGGCAGAGGUCCAUUGUGUUUUGAUGGAAGAAAAGACAAUCUUCCUCAUACUUGUAAUAGUCUUGAAUAGUUUGUAAUCACCCAUGUGAUAACUUGUUUUGCUCUUCUCCAAGGAUGACUCAUCAAUUUCCAUCCCUGUCUCCGGAUCAGAAGAAGGAGCUAGCAGACAUCGCUCAGAGGAUUGUGGCUCCAGGAAAGGGAAUCCUGGCAGCAGAUGAGUCGACAGGUGAGUGUCUAGGCCUCAGUUACUCUCAGAUACCAUUUUGUGGACAAAGGAGAGGCUGCGGAGUUUGCAACUAAAAUGUUUUACAUUCCCUCUUCUCUCAAGGGACCAUGGCAAAGCGUCUCCAGAAGAUCAACGUGGAGAACACAGAGGAGAAUCGUCGCAGCUUCCGUGAGAUCCUCUUCUCAUGUGAUAAUUCCCUCGCUAACAGUGUAGGAGGGGUCAUCUUCUUCCACGAGACGCUGUACCAGAAAUCAGACAGUGGCAAGCUUUUCCCUCAAGUCAUCAAGGAUAAGGGAAUCGUUGUCGGCAUCAAGGUAAAGACCCUCAUAAGUCAUCCUAAUGAAAUGUGCACAUCUCAAGGUCUUGUUGACCCUUGUUUUGUAACUGAUGGGUUUGAUUUUCUACCUUCCAUUUUAAGGUGGACAAAGGCACAGCUGGUCUGAAUGGAACAGAUGGAGAGACAACCACACAGGGUAAAAAAGCCCUCUUAGCUUCACAAUUCUUGUGUUCCUUGAUAAAAUGAUGCCACAUUAGCCCUAGCAUGAUGUUGCAACAAACUAGUGUUGUCAUUUUUCUUAAGGUCUCGACGGACUCUCAGAGCGCUGUGCCCAGUACAAGAAGGACGGCUGUGACUUUGCCAAAUGGAGGUGCGUGCUGAAGAUUUCAGACGGCUGCCCAUCUGCUCUUGGCAUUGCAGAGAACGCAAACGUCCUUGCCAGAUACGCCAGUAUCUGCCAACAGGUGUGUGUGCACGGCCAUUAUCAGGUUUUAACUUGGUCCAAGUUCCUUGCUGAGAGUUCUUAAGCUUGAACUAGUGUUUAUGUUCAACAUCAGAAUGGCCUGGUGCCUAUUGUGGAGCCAGAGAUCCUCCCUGACGGCGACCAUGACCUGCAGCGCUGCCAGUAUGUCACAGAAAAGGUGCGUUUAUUUUCUUUGGUCCAGUCUGCAAAAAUAUUUCCAUAAUUUAAGAUAAUCUGAACUACAUGCUCUAAUUGAUCUGCCCACUCAUGUUCAGGUUCUGGCUGCUGUGUACAAAGCUCUGUCAGACCAUCACGUAUACCUGGAGGGCACCCUGCUUAAGCCCAACAUGGUCACUGCUGGACACUCCUGCACUAAGAAGUACACCCCACAGGAGGUUGCCAUGGCCACAGUGACUGCUCUGAUGCGCACUGUUCCUGCUGCUGUUCCAGGUGAGUGUUCAAACACCAAAUGUCCCUCCAAAGAGAUAAAAAUGGAGGCGUCAUCAGUGAUCUGCACUGAUUGUAAACUCAAAUGUAAACUGCAUUUUCUUUGUGUCUUUUCUAGGCAUCACCUUCCUGUCUGGCGGCCAGAGCGAGGAGGAGGCUUCUGUCCACCUGAAUGCCAUCAACCAGGUGCCCCUUCGUCGCCCUUGGAAGCUGUCCUUCUCCUAUGGCCGUGCCCUUCAGGCUUCUGCUCUUGCUGCCUGGCAGGGCAAAACUGCCAACAAGGCAGCUGCACAGCAAGCUUUCUUCGAGAGGGCGAAGGUAACCUCCAAGGGCGUGAACAGUUAUCACAUCUAAUGAACAGACGAACAUAAAAAUGUUGCGUAUGUCAAUUUAUAGUUAGGCAGAAAACUAGCUGUUAAAAGACUCUUAUCUUGUGUUACCCAGCUUUAUACCCACUGUAAAUGAUUUAUUCUGAAAGCUCUUUGUGUUUCAGUCUUGCACUAAUGUGGUUAAGUAACUUGGUUUAUCAUUAACACAGAUUUGACUUUGCCUUCACUCUACUCCUGUGUCUCUCCCCACAGAUCAACGGCCUGGCCUCCAAAGGAGAAUACAAGCCCUCCGGCUCAGCUGACCAGGCCUCCAUGCAGUCUCUGCACACCCCUAGCUACAUCUAUUAAGUAAUGUGAACACUAAUCAAUGCACAAGGACCAAAUGUGACCCAAAGAAGUACUUCUGCUGGAUAUUCUUCCCUUUGCUGCCAACACCAAGGAAGAUUUCAGUUGCAAUGUUGAACUACUGUUUGUUUACUCAGUCAAAUGACUGGAAAUAAAUUAAGUGACCAAAUGUUA